UACCCCUGAGCAAGUAAACAACCUCUUCCAAUGUCAACCCUCAGUACACUAAGCGCCGAAUGUCUUUCACAGCAUAAGUCAAUCGGAACAAGCGCAAAGCACCGCCUCCCAUUCUCCCCUGUUCGUCCGACCCUGAACCGGGCACUGUGGGCCAAUCGUUCGUCUGUUUGAGUAACCGCGCUUGUUUCACAUCACCACCCUGUCACUUGUCAACUUCAUGCGUUUCCUCGUUUAGAAUGGGCCUGGGAAAGGGAAGACAAGGGGUAAACGAAAGAAUUAAAGCAGAAGUUUUAAAGUCAUGUAUGGGCCCCCUUUGUCGUGGGUAAAGAGGGCUGCAAACUUCUUCUUUUUCCAUUUCAUCUUCUCGGCGUUGUCAUUGAUUGUACACGUUCUUUCUUUCAUUGUUUACGUCGGCAUUUUCAUUCAUAGACACUCAUUCGGGAUUUUGGCUUCUUUCUUUUGCUGUUCUGUUAUGUCAACACUCACCAUCUAAUUCGCAAUGUUUUCACCACCAAAUUGCACCAUAAUCCCCUCCUCAGCCCCCAGCGAUGCAGGCAUCGCCGGCGCAGGUGUCCUCAUCUCCUCCUCCCUAACCGCCACCAUCGCCCUCCUCCUCUCCGCCUCUCUAAUCCUCCAAUCCACCCUCUUCCCGCACUCCACAACCACAUCCCGGCCCUCCACCAUCCGCCGCAAGCUCCUCGCCUCCUACUCCGACCAGCAGAUCCUCAUCGGCAUCACGCUGCAAUCGCUCGGCCUGGCACGCUCGUCGCACAUCAUCCCCUACCACUUCUUUAUCAUCUGGAUGCUUUCCCUGCUGUCCAUGGCCACGCACAACGCCACGCUCCUGGCGCUGGUCCAGGACUUCAAGAGGGAUUGGGUGUUGAGGUGGAUGAGGCAGGGCCUGAUGUUUGUCAAUUUGGCGCUGAGUUGUGUUUAUGGGGUGGUGGUGCUGGAGGGGAAGAGGAAAGGGUGGGAGGGGACGUUGCCGGUGGGGUGUAUAUGGGCUGCCAGUGAUAAUGUUUCUUCUUCUGGGUUGGAAGGAGGAGAAAACAACAAGAAGGUGGCAGCGGGUGGACUUGAUUACGUGGGGACGAUCGUGACGAUUGCUGGGAACGUGGUGGUGUUUGGGCUGGCUACUUGGUACUUGCAGAGUAGGAGGCAAAAGUGGUAUAGGGUUGUGCAGCUGGUGGGGAUGCUUUUGAUGAUGGGGAUUGCGGUUGGUGCUGCCGUGAGGGUGUUUCUGCUGUCGCAGGCGUUUGGGAAGCCGGAUGUUCAGCUGAGCGAUGAGGGGGAGAAGCAGUUGGGUUUUGGGAGCUUGUUGGGGCUGUUGAUGAUGGCUUUGCCGAUUAUAUCGAUCAUUGAGAUCAAGAGGGGAGAUGUAGUGGUGGCGCCUCCCUUGAGGGAUGAUGCAUCUGAUGAUGAGAAGCCGUUAGUAUGAUUAAGGUAGAAGGGCUGAAACAACGGAGGAGGGAAAGCAAACUUUAGCAAUCCAUAGUCUACUGCUUCUGUUCACAUCGCCGUUUCAUGGCUUGGGCGGAAUUGUUCGCUUGGAAAUCUCCG